AUGUCGACUGGAUCAGGUGGCUUAUUAAAUCGUUUCCGAGUGUCAUCGGUUGCAUACGGCUCUGACCGAAAAAAGCAGCGGUCUAAUCGGCUAGUAGAAGACUAUCGAUCAGAUCCACAAAGAAAUGAACAACAAGAAUUUGAACUUCAGAUUCAACCUCAAGUUUCUAAUAAUGCUCCAGCAACUAUAUCGCUCACUACACCAGGUAAUCAAUAA